AUGGCUCUUUGUUUGGCUAAUUCAUUGAUUGCUUGUGGGGAUUUUGUGCCGUACGACCAAUUAGUUCGUUACAAGUGGUGGUAUCGGUAUGGUUAUAUGUCAUCAACUGGACAUUGCUUUGAUAUAGGUGCGGCUACGAAAAAUGCUAUUCAAGAAUUUGAAAAAAGACAAAGAAAAUUUGCGAAAGCCUGGAAUAUUUCGUAUGAAGAGAUGGAUAAUACCUUGAGUUCUGAACUUCUUCAAGCGUUUAACGUGAAUUGCAGUAAAGAAGGAGUGGCCGGUAAUGGUGCUCUUAUGCGUUUAGCACCUGUACCGCUUUUCUUUUAUCGAAUUCCUGAAAAAGCUGUCGAAUAUUCAGGUGAAAGUGGUCGAAUUACUCAUGGAGAUGACAAAGCAUACGAUGCAUGCCGUUAUUACGGUGCUCUUAUUGUCGCUGCACUUCAUGGUGUAUUAAAAGACGAAUUAAUCAGCGAUAAAUUUUAUGAGGAUCAUAAACAAUGGUUCGGUAAAAAGCCGCUUCAUACGGACAUCUUAAAGAUUGCUCAAGGUUCGUACAAAAAAUCCGGUGGGUAUAAUGAAGGAAUUCGAGGUAAAGGCUAUGUGGUUAGUGCACUGGAAGCUGCUUUGUGGGCAUUUUGGAGUGACAAUAAUUCGUUCGAGGAAGGUGCUCUUAAGGCUGUUAAUCUGGGCGACGAUACUGAUACAACAGCAGCCAUCUAUGGUCAAUUAGCCGGUGCUGUCUAUGGAUAUCAGGAUCUACCUAACAAAUGGUGCAAACGUGUCUAUGCGAAGAAUUUCAUCAGUCAUGUUAGUAACUGGAUCGUUUGCGAAGGGAUCAUAAAUGACAAUGAAGAGCAUUUUGCUCAUUUUGGAAAAGAUGAUCCGAAUGAAGACUACGAUCAUCCUGAACAUUCGGUGACUCAAAAUUGUAAAUCGUAUACAUUUGAUACUGAUUACGGUCACAAGCUAAGAAUAAUUGAUACGCCCGGGCGUUCAUCUGAUCAUCCGAAAAUGUCAUGUGAAGAAGGUUGGUCAAUUUCGAAAAAAUCAUGGGAUCGUCUUCUAGAAUAUACGCACAAAAGUCUUUCACCAUACUUUAUUCGCCAAGAAUGCAACAAGGUUGAAUAUUUUCGACUCAAAACUAUGGGAAUGAUUCGUCCAAUGUUGGAAUCAAUGCGAAACAUUCUUCGAAAUGUAUCAAAUGCAUUAAAAGGUCGAAUUUUAUCAGUUGACGAUGCCUGGCAAUGA